GAAAUGUCGGAAGAAUUGCUGAGUACUAGACCCAGUAAAAGGGAUUAUAAUGAUAUUGAAGAACCAGAAGACUCACACGUGACGGUGCACUCAGUUGAACAGGAUUCACAGCAUUCUGGUGAAGAAUCCUCAACUGUAGACGCAUUGCAGGAAACUGAGGGUGAUGUUGACGUAAUAGGAGAAGAUGAGGACGAACACGAUAUUCCCGUAAUGCCAACUGUCACAUCAAGUGGUGAAGUUCUUGAUGAAAGCCAAGUCACUCCAACUAAACAAGCUUCGUCGUCACAACCAAGAGAAGAAAUUAUCCACGGCAAAGGCGAAAGUGUCUACUCCAGUUUUCCGUGCCAAGUUAUUCCGGAGACUUUAAGCCGAAUGACACGAACUCCGCCAGAUGGAGAGCAUUUAGAAGUGUACCGGAUGUCAAAUGGGAGACUGAGAAUAUAUGUUGUUGAUCAUUUCAAGAAGUUUUCUCCAUACUCCAAUUUGACUCAUAAGCCAUGUACAGUUUGUAAUCGAGUAAUGAAAUCGGGAGAGAUGCAUCUAAACUUCCCAGCAGACUUGGAUAGGCGCAGAAUUUGGGCAAAUUUGCUUGGAUUCAAAUACAAAGAUAUUCUUCGCAGUAAAAUGGGUCCUGUAUCGUUUUCAAUUGCUGCCGGUCCAAUUUGUACUGAGCACUUCGCCGAGGAGUGCUUCAGGAAUCACAAUUUCAACAAAUCUGCCAUCGAAGCUUUUGGAGUUCCUGUUGCUAUUUCACCAGACGUUAAGACGACACCGAGUAAAAAAAGUUCCAGAGUGCCAUGGGUCUGUACCGUAUGUGAGUUCCACUCGUGCAGUGUUGUCGAGCUUCAGACACAUCUUCUCAAUCACACGGAGGAAAUGCUCAAGAAAAAAGAUAAUGUUUUGGAUGUCCCAGAAGCUGGCUUCAUGUGCCCAUUCUGUAGAAAAUGCACAUAUGGUUACAAGACAAUAUCUGGAUAUCGUCGUCACUUGAAUGCUGGCCCCAUUCAUCAUUGUCAUCUUCGUAGAAUAUAUGAAUUCGCUAAAAUGAACUGCCGCGCUACUGAGUUGGAUCCAGCGGAAAGCUGGGAUAACUGGACUCGUCGCAACGUUUAUGUGGCAUAUCACGGCUGUGAACCACCAGCAAAUGAAAUCGUACUCACACCUUCACCAACGAAAAAAGCCUACGUGCAAAAUCCAGAAGAGCGUACGAAAAUGGUUCACGAUGAAGAGAAGAGAAAGAAGGCAGUGAGGACAUUAUCGUUUGUUGGAAAAGAAGGUGGUACAAGUGUGAAUGAUCUGAACGUAAUGCAGCGACAAGUGUUUCUGCAAUUGAGAAGAGAAGCAGAGAUUAAUACAAAAGCAGAAGAAUCGGCUCAAGGAACGAAGGAGCAAGAGAGCAGUCAGAAAAAACAUGCAGAAGAAGAGUCAGACGAUGUUUCUGAACUAACUUCCCAUCAGUCUCCACAAGCUCCAAUGGGAUCUGGUGAACGACGUAAAGCAACACGUCUCGCAACUUCCGCUACAAAUUCACCAAUCAAGAAGGUGGCAAAACACGAAGUUCCUGCUACAGCUCCAUCAACUCCAGCUAAGAAACGGAAAAUUUCACACGAAGAAGAACACGAUCCAACUCCUGAAAGUGUAGAGAGAGAACCAACAGUUUCACCAAAUGAUCCACGUGAACGUCUUCGUUUGAAGGAACGAGAUGAACAAUUUGCCAAAAUGGUUCAGAAAAGAUCUCAGCAAGUUAAGCGAUUGAUCAAUGCCAAACAAUUCAAGAAACAAGAAGCAGCAACGAAGAAGCCGAGAAAGGCCUUGGCUUAUAAUUUGGCCAAAGGGAUCGCUGCUACUUCUUCGACGGAGCCAGAAGACAAAGUGACAUCUUCGGAGCAGACACCAGAACCGACAACAAGUCAAAAAUUUAUCGCCAGAAAUACACGAUCGAAAACUAAGGAGAGUGCUGUUCAAAAAGUUGAAAAACCAGCAACUCCUGUCGCAAAACCGGCACCAGUAGAAAAAGAGCCGGAAGAACGCCCUCUAAAAUCAAUGCUCGCGAGAUCUUUUGUUGCUGGAGUUCGUCCUUCGAUGGCUAAAUAUCAGAUUCCAUUAGAAUCGUUCACAGCUACUGCAUCACUUGGUGGAGGACGUUCAUUAUCUUCUGGAGUCAUAUCAAGACCACCAACUUCAUCCUCUCCUGGCGGGAUCUUUUCUCAAAGAGUUAUGGGAGCUGUUGCACAAGAAAAAGGGCCUGCUAAGAGACCGAGUGUGCUCUCCCGAAGACCACUGAUCCUUUCACCACGAAAAAAAACAUCAACUCCACGACCAACACUCUCCCAUCACGAGUCAUCGCCAAACUUCUCAGCAUCUUCUCCGGUGGUUGUUUCUGAUGAGUAUCUGAUUCCAGCAACGGAUAUGGAAGUUGAAAUGGUCGAAGAAGUCAUUGAUUCUAUGGGAAACUCAUCGUCUGAAGAUGUUGCCACUUCUUCAACAUCUUCCGAGAGGCAACCGAUGCUUACGCUGGCAGAGGCUCUUGAGAUGGAUGGUUCAAGUGGAACAGUUAAAGAUCAAGAUAUGGAAGAAAUCUCAAAAGAAAUGAUGAAAGAUGCUCAUUACUACAGAGCAAUGGAAGACGCUAUCAAAUGUCGCACCGUGACGAAAAUGCGCGCUGACAUGAGACUUUCCCGUCAUUGCAUCCGGCAAAUUGAAGCUGCGAGAGCCAGAGCUCGUCUGUUUGGCGAAAGGACUGAAGAUUAUCAAAUUUUCUACUCUAACGAUGGAGCACAAGUGCUCACCAAAAAAGAUCCAAAAUGGCGUGAACUUCAACAACAACAACAACAACAACAACAGCAGCAAGAACAAUUUCCAGGACAAGGAUCAUCGGAUUCUCAACAAUAAUUAUUUUUAAUUAUCAAAGAAAGUGCCUCAAAAUUCAAGAUUCAAAAGUCAAUUGUCCUUUCGAGGAUCGCCCCACAUUUCUUUCAUGUGAACUAUCUCUGUUUUAUAUCCACAGAAGUUAUCCCAUUUUACUUUCAUUCGAAAUUCUUGAAAUCUGAUAAAAACUCCGACUAGGAUAGAUUUUCGUCUAGAUUUUUAGGAUUUUCACAUUUACUUUUUUCCCAUUUUUUACCCCCCCUCCCCCCUAUAAUUUACUUUCCAAAAUUAAUAGUUUGUUUUACUUUCCAUAAGCCCCCGCCCCCUCCCCAAAAACCACACUUUUUCUAUCAUAAAUUAAUCUGAAUUAUUCACAAAAAAUGAGCCAAAGUCUAUUUAAACGUUUCCCUAGUUUUCAAUUACAUUCAAGUUUGAAAGAUAUGUGCGUUUGUGUGCCAAAUAUGACUAAAAGUCAAUAAAUAAAUGAUUUUGCUUGGU